GUGGCACCGCCGAAAAAAAAAAGUUUCCUCCCGGAACUGUAAAUGAAGAUAAAAAGCUGAUUGAAAUGGCGUCAGUCACGGUCCGUGGCUGGGCGCUUUGCACCGUGUCUCUACUCAACUUUGCGUUUGUCUUCAUAUCCGGGGUGGACUUCAUUCGGUUUUUGUCGUUUCGAGCCAUUUACCACAACAUCACCGGAGAGACGACUCUGUGUCAAGACUCCGUGCCGUGGUCGGAGGCCCUGCGGGACAGCUCCGUCCUCGGGUCUCUGCUGGUGGAUGCAGGACUGCUGGCUCUCUUCAUAGUCCAGCACAGCCUGCUGGCAUGGCCUCCUGUCAAGCAGGCUCUGGAGUCGGUGCUGGGAGCCCUGAACAGAACAGUAUACUGCUUCACUACUGCACUGGCCCUCCAGAUCUUGAUGCAUUAUUGGCAGCCUGUGACCGGCGCCCCCUGUCUGUGGUCAGUGCGUCAGGCACCGUGGAGCAUCUGGUUCCCCCUGCUCUGUUUCACGCUGCACUUCCUCUGCUGGGCCAUCAUCUGCAGCAUCCUCAUGAUCUUCGAUUACCCGGAGCUGCUGGGAAUCAAGCAGCUGUAUUACGAGUGUCUGGGUUUGGGGGAUCCACUGUCCCACAAGUCUGCGGGGGCCCAGCGCCUGCUGGCUCACCUGCGCCACCCGGUGUGCCUGGAGCUGGCCGUGGUGCUGUGGCUGCUCCCGGCUUUAUCCCUGGACAGGCUGCUGCUGGCGGCCACGCUCUCCGCCUACCUGGCCCUGGCACACUCUCUGGACAAACAGGAUUUAACCUACCUGUGUGUGCAGCUUAGCAGCAAGAUGCAGCUCUUCGCUGAGCCACACCGAGGCAGCACAGACGCCACGGAGAGCCGAGAGGGCGACAGCCGAAAGGAGAAGUGAGGGGGCCAGGUCGUCCUGCUGCUGUAGUCUGCGGGUUUUACAAAACACUGACUUCAGGAGGGUUUCUAAUGUCUAUUAGAAUAUUCACUGUUUUGUUUUUUUGUGCAUACUUAACAGGCUGCUACUUUCUACCGUGACACUGUGUUAGUCCCAUUUUAAAGUUACUGAGAUUUCUCUGUAUUGUUGACGGUUUGAUCAUAUGAAUGUGCAUUUUCUACACUUUUUUUUAUCUGAGCAAUGACAAUGAUGAAUUAGGAUUUAUCUUGCUCAGUGAUUCAGGUAGCUAAUUUUAUAGCGGAGCUCAAAAGCAGGACUGCCAGGGGAAAAUGUACAAUUAGUUUUUAACUUAAAGUACUGUCAUGUUUUAUUUUCACAGUGUAAUUACAGCUAGAGCUUUGAGUGUUUUUAAGACCUGGUGAAAUGA